AAGAGAGAGAGCAAGCGAGCGAGCGCUCAGCCAGAGCACCUGUUCCUCCUGCCCCUCGGACCCGCGGCUCCCGGGGUGCUCCUGGUCUCCCGCCAUGAACCCAGCGCUGGGCAACCAGACCGACUUGACAGGCCUGUUUCUGGCCAACAGCAGCGAGGCGUUGGAGCGCGCCGUGCGCUGCUGCACCCAGGCGUCCGUGGUGACCGACGACGGCUUCGCCGAAGGCGGCCCGGACGAGCGCAGCCUGUACAUCAUGCGCGUGGUGCAGAUCGCCGUCAUGUGUGUGCUGUCGCUCACCGUGGUCUUCGGUAUCUUCUUUCUGGGCUGCAACCUGCUUAUCAAGUCCGAGGGGAUGAUCAACUUCCUGGUGAAGGACCGGAGGCCGUCGAAGGAAGUGGAGGCGGUGGUCGUGGGGCCCUACUGACCGGCCCUACGGCUCCGGGGCGGCCGCCCCCCACGGUCAGCCCGGGUGCGCGCCUUAGCCAUCAGAGACUAGGCGAAGCGAACCUGUGGGAGUCAGUUGUUUGACUUCUGCCUUAAGGGAUGGAGCGACCCAUGUCUCACGCUCACCCUCUGCGAGUCCCCUCGGCCUGCUGGAGGAGGAGGGAGCCCUGCCUUGGACAUGCAGCAGCAGGUGGCAAGAACUGGGCGAUGGGCGCACACAGAACUUUGGAAGCUGACGCUAGCGUGCGACGCGGG